GGACCCCCAGCGGCCCCCCCGUCAUGUUGUGGACCCCCAAGAGGAAGAAUGUGAAGGAGCUGAGACACCUGCAGGACUUUGUCAACUUUCACUCUUUGACUCUGCACGACUCCAUCAGGAGCCAGACAGGCAUGGUCUACAGAGGACAUGUAAUUCUUUGGAAACAUCCAGAAAGCCAGCAGGUGAGGAAAAAGUGAGAGUGAGACAGGUGGACUGGGAGCUGAAGAGACAGCAGUGAGAGUGGGAGGUGUGUGUGUGUGUGUGUGUGUGUGUGUGUGUGUGUGUGUGUGUGUGUGUCUACCCUGCUGAGAACAAAACAAGGACUGCAGGAAGACCAGCGGGCUAAAUCUGAGGACAGUGGGAGGCGGUCCAGUGGAGCAAUGACAUCGCCUGAAGAUGACGAAGAUGAAGAUGAUGAGGAACAGAAGAAGCAGAAGAAGAGCGUGAGAAAAGUGCUGAUGGCACAAAUCUCCCCUGCUUGUCAGAUGCAGCGGCACGCAGCAUCCCAAGCAUCGCUGCGUUGAAGACAAAGUCCCAGGAGGUUCAGAUGAUGGCCCGCCUUGACUUCAGUGGGCAGGAAGACGCCAGAGGAGCUCACUGAAGUGGACGUCCGUGGAGACGCGGCGAGCCGACAGCCGAGACGUCUCCCACAGAAGUUGAACUCCAACCCACCAGACUUUUCCCCCCGUCUCCCGGUGCUGGUCUGCUGCGGCGAGGCGCUCCAUCAUGCAGGUGUCCAUCGCCUGCACGGACCACAACCUGAAGAGGGGCAAUGGGGACCACGGCAAGCAGAGCGCUACCAGUCCCAGCGUGGUCAACCAGGCCAGGGCCAAGUUCCGCACGGUGGCCAUCAUCGCUCGCAGCUUUGGAUCCUUCACUCCCAGACACAUCUCACUCAAGGAGUCCACCGGGAAACACACCGGGAUGAAGUACAGGAACCUGGGCAAGUCUGGACUAAGAGUGUCGUGUCUCGGACUUGGUACGUGGGUUACUUUCGGAGGUCAGAUAACAGAUGAGGUAGCAGAGCAGCUGAUGACCAUUGCCUACGAGGGCGGAGUCAACCUGUUCGACACAGCAGAGGUGUACUCAGGUGGCAGGGCCGAGGUGAUUCUCGGAACAAUUAUCAAGAAGAAAAGCUGGAGGAGAUCCAGCUUGGUCAUCACAACCAAACUUUAUUGGGGAGGAAAAGCGGAGACGGAGAGAGGUCUGUCAAGGAAGCACAUUAUUGAAGGUCUUAAAGGGUCCCUGCAGAGGAUGCAGUUGGAGUACGUGGACGUGCUUUUUGCCAACCGGCCUGACAGCAACACCCCCAUGGAGGAGAUCGUCAGGGCCAUGACCUUCGUGAUCAACCAGGGUAUGUCCAUGUACUGGGGAACAUCUCGAUGGACAGCCAUGGAAAUUAUGGAGGCGUACUCUGUGGCCAGACAGUUUAAUCUCAUCCCUCCAGUCUGUGAGCAGGCUGAGUAUCAUCUCUUCCAGAGGGAGAAGGUGGAGAUCCAACUGCCAGAACUUUACCACAAAAUAGGAGUCGGAGCCAUGACUUGGUCUCCGCUAGCGUGCGGCAUCAUCACAGGGAAGUACGAGAACGGCAUUCCGGAAUCUUCUAGGGCCUCCAUGAAGUCAUAUCAGUGGCUGAGGGAGAAAAUAGUGAGUGAAGAUGGAAGAAAACAACAAGCCAAACUGAAGGAACUGAAACACAUUGCAGAUAAACUCACCUGUACUUUACCUCAACUUGCUGUGGCUUGGUGUCUGAGGAAUGAAGGUGUGAGUUCUGUCUUGUUAGGAACUUCCAACCCUGAGCAGCUCACAGAGAACCUGGGGGCCAUACAGGUUCUUCCCAAGAUGACGUCACACGUGGUGUCGGAAGUGGACCACAUCCUUGGCAACCGGCCCUACUGCAAGAAGGACUACCGCUCCUGAGCCUCAAGACCGGAGCAAACAUGGCGUGGACCUCGUGGGUCUGGAGGAGAAGCCUCUCUACUUUAGCCCGCUCGUCUUCUAGCGACACUCCAGGAAGCUGGCAAGCAACAGUGCCUUGCUGGAGGGCAACGUGGCAGAACGACAGUCUCGGUCCCCUUGUUUGUGUCCACAUUUUUAGCACAAGCAAACAUGAGUAGGAAGUUCGUUAACACGAGAGGAUGACGCAAUAGUAUCAUUGUGAGCGUUGUCAUAGCAACACAACUUUCCUUUCUAGAUAAGUAGACAAACAAUAAGAUGCAUGUUGAAGCUUCCUGUUUGACCACACGGCGACAUGUCGCCCUCCUGUGGUCAACUGAGGAACUGCUUUUUAUUUCAUGCCCAGCAACACAACCUGCGUCGCUAAAUUCAAUCAAAUAUUCUCAUACUGACUGUAAAAAAGUAGCUUUAGGCUCUAUGUAUAUAUGUUUACUUUUGUAACAUGAAUAAGAUGUAAAUAUUUAUGGGGAGUGGCAUUGUUUAGUUGCUCAUCCUGCCGUUUUACGUCAAAUGUAAUAUAAAAUAGCAACAUGUUAUUUACUUUUGUCUUUUAGUUCCACGUGUAAAGAUUUGACUAUAAAUGGUCGUCGUUAAGUAACUUAUUUUUAUUCACGCGGGAAACUUUGGAGGUUCAUUGGUGUUUGUAUUACAAAGCUUUUAUUUUGACAGGGAAUUUGUACUUUUGAAUUUGGAGGGAGGAGUUCACGUCAAAUUAUGCUGACGAUUUCAUUUUAAAAAAUGUGAGAAAUUAAGUUUUUUUGAAUGCUGUGUUUUAAAAUUGAGUGUGUAAAAACCUUAGUGCAGAAAACAAUGUUUCAAAACUUCAGAGCAAAGUAAAAGGCGGCCACUUCCGGUAAAUGAUCGGUCGUGUCUGAAUAAACUGCUUCUUUUUGCGAGACCCGUGUCACGUGACUGCGGGCUUGACACCUCAUUGGUUGCUUCCGCGACAGUUGCGUCAGUCUUAAAGUGGUUGUUUAUUUGAAUUUUAUUUCAAGGUUGAAAAGCAAUAUCUACUUUAAAAAAAAAAAAAUUAUUCUGUUUCCGAUUCCGAAAGUGAAAAAUUUUAGCCCACAGAAUCGGAAAAAACAUUUAUAUAUUACAGAAUCAGAAGUUGUUGUUUAAAGCCCGCCGACAGGAUUUUUUUUUUUGGUUCCGAGUUUUAAGGAAAUUCAUUUUUCUGCUCAGAUUUUUUCAUUUUUACACGGAAUUAUGAUAAGAACAGUUUUAACAAACUUAGCUAUUAAAUGUUUAUUUAAUUAAAUUGUCAGCAUAAUCUCGUGUAAUAUAUAUAUAUAUAAAUGGUUUUAAAACAAAGCAAAAAAAGGGAGCCACUUCCGGAAAAUAAGACAGAAGCAAUCGAUCAUCUCUAAAUAAACUGCUUCUUUCCGAUACCUGUGUCACGUGACUGCAGGCUUGGCACCUCAUUGGCUGUUUCCGCGACGAUUCUCUCAAUCUUAACAUACCGGAAGUGGGUAUUUUUUGAAAGUUUAUUUUGUAAGAGAAAACUUACUUUGAAAAACAAAGCGUUCUAUUUCAGUGUUAAACAGCAAUAACUACAUAUACAAAGACGUGUUUUUUUAUUCUGUUUCUAAUUCCAAAAGUGAAAACUAUCAGCCAGCAGAAUCGGAUAAAACAUUUUUAUAAGACACCGGAACCGGAAGUUGUUUUUUAAAGCCCGCGGACAGAAUUUUAGUUCUUUUUUUCAUUCGAGUUUAAAAGCAACGAAUAUUUCUGCACUAAUUUAUUUUUUAUUUUUACACUGAAUUAUAAAAAGAACAUUUUUAACAAACUUAGCUAUUCAAUGAAAUUGCCGGGAAAAAAAAGAAGCUUCAGUACUAAAAACACCAAAGAAACCUCCAGAAAAAUGCAAUAUUUCACUCCUAGUCUGGAAAAUCAUCGAAGACAUUUUGAUGGCAGAGUUUGUGCCGUGCUGACAUUUAACUUCGUGCCUUUCAGAGGAGCAAAUAAUCAGGGAUGUUUUUAAUAAAAAUGUGCUAGGGUUGUAAUUGGAUGAGAUCUGAGCAGGAUGGCGUGACCUUGAUGUUGAUUUAUUUCCACACCAAAUAUCCCCAAUAAACGCUUUGGCAACGUAAACAUCA